AUGUGGAUCCUACCCUUAGUGGGAUACCUGGGAGUCAUUGUAGGAUUUUCAUUUCUUACUCUAGCUAUAGCAUCGGGAUUAUACUAUUUAUCGGAGCUUGUGGAAGAGCAUACAGUUUUCGCACGUCGGGUGUUGACUCGGUUGAUAUACAGCAUCAUCGUCAUCCAGGUCCUCCUCUAUCUUUUCGAUGGAUUUCCCUUUUUUCUCUCCAUUUUCAGUAUCGGCUCCCACAUCGUGUAUUCCAGCAAUUUGCGACGCUUUCCGAUUGUUAAAUUAUCCGAUCCGCUGUUUCUUCUAUCAUGUGUGCUCGUGGGUCUAAACCACUGGUUUUGGUUUCGCCAUUUCUCCCAGCCAUUACCCUCGUCGCGAGCGAGCACCAACUGGCGUCAGCCAUAUAUUGUUGAUGUCGCGGAUAUGCCGACUUUCACAGAGGUGGCGUCUUACUUUGGGUUAUGCGUGUGGCUAAUUCCGUUUGCCCUCUUCGUUAGUCUGAGCGCCGGAGAAAACGUCCUGCCUAGUAUGGGGUCGGAGUAUGCGACAGGCGAACGCGUUCCCAGCGCUGGGUUUUCUCGCAGUGAUUUACCUUCCGAUGGGAAGACCAAGAACAAGGGUAUGGCGAAGGCCCUGGUGGACGGUGUACGGGAGUGGGUUAGAGAAAAUGGGGAGUUGAUGGGUUUCUGGAGAGGAGAGAGGACAAGGAGAUUCUAG